AUGGUGGAUAGACUCCACUCCCGGUUCCCAUUGACCGGGUUCUACACGCGUCUAAUAGUUCUAUCCACAAUAGUCACAGACUUCCGAAUAAUCCACACACCUGGGACUCCUUUGGUUGUCUGUUCCCUUUACUUAAGCCUUCUCUUUCGAGAUGGAUUACGAAUGGUUCUCAUUCGAUGGUUUUCAACACAUAAUGACCACCAUCUCGCUCAUCCUACGCCACCGCCUCCAGCUCGUCUCAACCUAGAUCAAAGGAAGAGAGAAGACAACAAGAAAAUAAUGGGGGAAUUCCCGCCAGCAACACACCACCAUUACCGUGGUGUGGUGCUGCCACAACGGUGCAGUAUUGAGACUAUCGAGGGCCGUAAAUAUGAGGCGACAUUGGAUAUGGUCAAUAACUGCCCGACAUUAACGGAUGGCUGGAGAGAUUUCGUUCUUGCAGAAGACAUAGCCCUAUUCUACUUUCUGGUGUUCCGUCCCGGGACCAUUUUCGACUUUGAAGUGUUGGUGAUGGAGCCCAAUGGUUGUGAGAGGCUACCACAUUACACGUUUAGUCUCGAGAUAAAGCCAACUCAUGUGGAGCGUGCACGCAAGUAUUUGAAUUACAACUCCGCAAUGUUGAAGUUUGGUGAUAUUUGGUAUGACGUCGACAUAAUACAUGGACAUGGGAAGAAACUGUUACAGAAUGGUCGUGCACGACAAUUCAUCGAUAACAACGACAUUGUUGUUGGUGAUGUUUGCACGUUCUUUCUCCUCCCACAUGAUGAAGUCAUAAAAUUCAAAGUCAAAAUGUAG